GAUAACAUGUCAUUUAUUAUUGUUCGAUGUUUGUUGAGAAAAUAAUCUACGACGCCGGCUUCGAAAAAAUUAAAAUUUUAUUAAAUUAGAUUAGAAAAUUAAAAUAUGUUUUUAAAGCAAUUAAUUUUAAUAGCAUUAUUAAUUGCCUACGCCAGUGGUGGUGCUGAGGAGAAAGAAGGCGUGAUAUAUGCAAACCGCUGUGAAGCCUGUAAAGUACUAGCGACCGAAUUGCAAGGUCGUCUGCAGGAAACAGGCAAGUCGCACGAUGUCAUUGAGACCGGUUAUUUGCUUGAUGAUGUAAGACCAAAAAAACGUACCGAAUACCGACGCAGUGAACUGCGACUGCUGGAGUCCAUGGAAAAUGUUUGUGAACGUAUAUUGAAUUAUAAUUUACACAAGGAACGCAAGGAUAGUACGCGUUUUGCGAAAGGCAUGUCUCAGACAUUUAAAGCACUACAUGGCCUAGUAAACAAAGGUGUACAAGUAGAUCUGGGUAUUCCACUUGAAUUGUGGGACAAGCCACCGGUGGAAGUGACACAAAUGAAAAUACAAUGCGAUCAAAUGUUGGAAAACUAUGAAGAUGUCAUUUCGAACUGGUAUUUUAAGCUUCAGGAUGAUGUACCAUUAUUAAAACAUCUAUGUGAGGAUACCGUGCUGAGACAAGAUGAACGCAAAUGCCUAACAGAAGUAUUGCCUGAAAUCAAUGAAGAUGAUAUGGAACGACUUGGAGAGGAAGAAAUUGAAAAACUAAAAGAAAAACAAAAAAAGCGUGAAGAAAAGAUUAAGAAAACUAGUAAAAAUGAAAAAGUAAAAGAAGAAGACAAACCCAAAAGAGUACGAAUAAACACUGAGAAGAAACAAUUGAAAGGUGAAAAGUCGGAACUUUAAAUCCUGGAAUGUACUGUAACUAGCAUUUAAUUCCAUAAUCAUCUCUUUAUAUAGACUUAUUUUAUAAAAACCUAAACUAUAAUUAAUUAGUUCAUAAGAAUAUUUAUAGUUUAGAUAAAUUUUUAUUAAUCUUAUCAUUUUAAAUCUCCCAUAAAUGUAUUUGUUGAAAUCUUGAUGUUGUAAAGUACUAAAUAUUCCAUAUAUUAUUCAGCAACCACUUUCCUUUUCAUAAUAAUGUACCCCUAUUUUUGUAACAUAAAUGAUCGAAAAAAUGUAUGAUGAGUUAAGCGUACUAUAAGGGACAUUAUUGUCAAAAUCUUUUCCAAUACGCAAUUAAGCCGCCGCAGUUGCAGGGAACAGUAGCUGACGACUCUCAUUGAUUAUAUUACCACUGAAAUUUAUUUGCUGAACUACAUUUUCAACUAUUGUAGCCAGCGACUAUAACGUAAUGCCCGACGUACGAUUAAGCUUCAGUAUCUAAAAACACCAAAAACAAAAUAGACCAACUCUAUUUCUAUAUAUCUAUAAAGCUGACCAUUGUAUGCUAUACAAUUGAAUUUCAGUAACAGUUUUUGUUGCUGCUGUUGUAAGCCGUUUAGAUUUACUGGUAUUAAUGUUAAACGGUAUUUGGUUGUCGCAUUUGGCAAGUGAGUCUACGUUCCUCUCUAGCCUCAAUUAACCAUCACCUAUCCUGACCCAUGUAUUUGUCUUGUAAAUCAUUACAUGUUAUCUGCUUUUUAGAUCCCAGCGGGUUACAACAACAACAGUAGGUCUACGUGCUAUACGUACGUCCUAUAUGGAACAGUGUCAGUCUUUUUUUAUAGCUGUGAUAAGCCGUCAAGGUCUAUAUGGUAGAUAACAUGGUAGGAAUUACAAAUACGAACACAUGGGUUAGGAUAUUACUAGGUAAAGAAAAUGAAAACCAGGAUGGAAUUGUUUAGGAACAAGAGUAUAUUAGAAAUGGGUACGAUUUUAAUUGAAGUUAAUCUGGGAUAAAGCGAAGCAACCUAUCCACUGCAACUACAGUAACUGAAAAUAUCAAAAAUGAAUUUAUGUAUAUAAUUCCUUAUAAUUAGACUGCAGUGAGAGUCUUCAGCUUUAUUGGAUUACAAAGUAGUUGAAGACCCUACAAUUAGGCUACAGUAAGAGUUGUCAGCUACAGUAGCUAAACAAAUAAAAAAAAACAAAGUUAAGUAGGUUCGUAAUAUAGUAUAGUGAGAGUACUCAGCUUCUGUUAACAACAAUUGUAGCUUAAACGUGUAUUUAAGCUUCAUGGGAUAAAAUGGUUGUUUCUAUAUUAAUUCUUCUUUAUGUUAAAUGUAAAAUUAAUUAAAUAAACUAUUGAGAUUCCAUAUAUAUACAGUAAAAGCUCAGUUAAACUAAUACACUCAGGAGCGGGCAUAUAUAUUUUAAAUUGCCAAUGUUAGUACACAUUUCUGUUAUAAAGUCAGAAUUACUGAUCUAUCAACGUUCCCUUAACAGAGCUUUCACUAUAUAAACGAUAUAUUGGUUAACAAAGAGAUUCAUUUUUUUUAAAUUUAAAUGUAUAUUAAUUAAGUUAGAAUUUUAUAUCUGAUGAUAUCUUUUAAAACUUAUAUAUACUUGUACAUAACAA